GACCAUAAACACGCACUUAAAUGGGCCAAAUAAAUAAUUAAUUUGUGCGAUAAUACGGCCCCAAAGAUUAAUUAUUAAUAUUUAAAAAUUCGAAAGUUGUGGCAAGUGACAGUGACAGCUAAAUUCCCCAACUUGGUUCCUCGUUCAAUAUUUACAAUGCUGUACUGGUGUCCCCUUUUGGCCCUGCUGGGGGCCCCCUUGUGCCUGUGCCAAGCCAGCUUCGAGGACGAGCCCGACUCGGGGCGCUACGCCAUCGAGGGGCGCAUCUUCCCCCUGUCGGACUACCAGACGAGUCAAGCCAACUGGCAAGCCAACACUCGAAUUCACGUAAACGGGGGCGAGUUCAUCGGGUUUGUCAAGAAGGACGGCUCUUUCACCGUCCAUAACGUCCCCUCGGGCUCGUACGUCCUCGAAGUGCUCAACCCGGAGUACACCUUCGAGCCGGUCCGGGUGGAGAUCAACUCCAAAGGCAAAUAUCGCGCCCGCAAAGUCAACUACAUCCAGCCCACCCAGGUCAUACAAGUGCCCUAUCCGCUGAAGAUGAAGGCCUUGGCCAAGACGCGCUACUUCCAGCUGCGGGAGCAGUGGAGGAUCACCGACUUCAUCUUCAACCCCAUGGUGCUGAUGAUGGUUCUGCCCCUGGUCUUGGUCAUGCUGUUGCCCAAGAUGAUGAACGAUCCCGAGACCAAGAAGGAAAUCGACCAGAUCCAGAGUCUGACGAACUUUGAAAUGGGGGAUAUGACUGACAAGUUGUCCAAUUUUUUGGCGGGGCCGAGCACCGCCCAGCAGAAUAAAAAGCCGCAAAAGAGCAAGAAGCGGCAAUAGGCGGUUGUUGUGUAUAGUUGUUGUUUUUAAUAAAAAAAAAUAAAGGUGUUACAAAGCUACAAAA